CUCCCUCUGUAGAAAGAUGUAUUCGAUUUGAAGAAUUUCUUCUCUGAAAUCUAAAUGGGAGAUCAUGAAACCCCAAGCAUGGCGAGAGAAGGAGAAGAAGAGGAAGAAGAUCUGCCUCUGACUCAGCCUCUACUGGAGAGCCAGCACCACGUACUGCUUCGUCGAUCCGCCUCUAACGCUACUUCUCAGGUUGCAAUUGUGGGCUCCAAUGUCUGCCCCAUCGAGAGCUUGGACUACGAAUUGGUUGAGAAUGAUUUCUUCAAGCAGGAUUGGAGGAGCCGCGACAAGAGCCAGAUUUUUCAGUAUAUAUUCAUGAAAUGGAUGCUUUGUUUUCUUAUAGGCCUUCUUGCCGGUCUUGUCGGAUUCUUCAACAACCUCGCCGUCGAGAAUGUUGCCGGAAUUAAGUUUGUCAUCACAUCGAAUAUGAUGUUGGAGCAUAGGUAUGCGAUGGCUUUUGCGGUGUUUACAGUUUCCAACUUCGCUCUCAUUCUGUUUUCAUCCAUAAUCACUUCUUUUCUAGCGCCUGCAGCAGCUGGUUCGGGUAUACCUGAAGUCAAGGCUUAUUUGAACGGUGUGGAUGCUCCGGGAAUACUGUCUAAGCGGACUCUGUGCGUAAAGAUUAUUGGUAGCAUUACAGCAGUAUCUUCAUCACUAAUGGUGGGAAAGGCAGGACCCAUGGUGCAUACUGGUGCAUGUAUUGCAUCAUUACUAGGUCAGGGUGGGUCCAAGAAAUAUGGUUUAACAUGGAGAUGGCUACGUUUCUUCAAGAAUGACAGAGAUAGGCGUGAUCUUGUAACCUGUGGAUCAGCUGCUGGAAUUGCUGCUGCUUUCCGUGCACCUGUUGGCGGUGUUCUGUUUGCUUUUGAAGAAAUGGCAUCAUGGUGGAGAAGUGCCCUUCUUUGGAGAGCAUUCUUCACAACAGCUGUGGUUGCUAUUGUUCUCCGUGCUCUGAUUGACAUUUGUAACAGUGACAAGUGUGGCUUAUUUGGUAAGGGAGGGCUUAUAAUGUUUGAUGUAACCUCAGAACAUGUUUCAUAUCACCUUUCAGACAUACCUGCUGUUCUACUUCUCGGAGUUAUUGGGGGUAUAUUGGGAAGUUUUUAUAACUUUCUUCUGCAGAAGGUCCUCCGAAUUUACAAUCUAAUCAAUGAGAAAGGACAUGCUUACAAAAUACUUCUUGCUUGCUCAAUCUCCAUAUUCACAUCCUGUUGUCUAUUUCUAUUACCGUGGAUUGCAUCUUGCCGACCUUGCCCGGCUGACACAUCAGAAGCAUGCCCAACAAUUGGAAGGUCGGGUAACUACAAGAAGUUCCAAUGUCCUCCAGGUCAUUACAAUGACCUCGCCAGCCUUUUCUUCAACACAAAUGAUGAUGCAAUUAGAAACCUUUUCAGCAAGAACACAGACGAUGAAUUCCACUACGUGUCAAUCCUCAUCUUCUUUGUAACUUGCUUUUUUCUUGGUAUCGUGAGUUAUGGGGUUGUGGCUCCUUCGGGGCUGUUUGUACCUGUAAUUGUGACAGGGGCAGGUUAUGGGCGCUUUGUUGGAAUGCUGAUGAAGUCACACUCAAAUCUCAACCAUGGCCUCUUUGCUGUGUUGGGUUCUGCUUCCCUUCUUGGUGGAUCAAUGAGGAUGACUGUGUCCUUGUGCGUUAUUCUCUUGGAACUGACAAAUAAUCUGCUAUUGCUGCCCCUGAUGAUGCUGGUUCUUCUUGUGUCAAAGACUGUAGCUGACGCUUUCAAUGGCAAUAUUUAUGACCUUAUUAUGAAGUUGAAAGGGUUUCCUUACCUAGAAACUCAUGCAGAGCCAUACAUGAGGCAACUGUCGGUUAGCGAUGUUGUCACAGGGCCACUUCAGGUCCUCAAUGGCAUUGAAAAGGUCAGCAAUAUAGUACAUGUCCUAAAAACCACGGGACAUAAUGGGUUCCCUGUGAUUGAUGAACCUCCAAUUUCAGAUUCCCCACUAUUGUACGGUCUAAUCCUCCGCACCCACCUUAUUGUGUUGUUAAAGGAGAAAGCUUUCUUGCCUACCCCUGUUUAUAUAGGAAUUGAUGCCACAAAGCAGUUCUCAGCUGAUGAUUUUGCAAAGAGGGGUUCAGGUAAUAGUGACAAGAUAGAAGACAUAGAAUUGACGGAGGAAGAUAUGGAGAUGUUUGUAGAUUUGCAUGCAUUUACGAAUGCUUCACCCUAUACAGUCGUAGAGACAAUGUCACUUGCAAAGGCUCUCAUACUUUUCCGGGAAGUUGGCUUGAGGCACCUGUUGGUGGUGCCCAAGGGCUCCAAUAGAUCACCGGUCGUUGGCAUAUUGACGAGGCAUGAUUUUAUGCCUGAGCAUAUUUUGGGUUUGCAUCCUACCCUAGCAAGAAGCAGAUGGAAGAGAUUAAGAUUUCGGUCCUGCGGUUUAAUUAAGAUUUUUAGGGCAUCUCAGGCAAAUCUGAGAGCCCGCAUUUGAGUUUGUAAAUAGUGACCCUUUUAGAGUUCCACAAAGUACUUUAUUUAUUGUAGCAUCGAUAUCAUCCAGUCUUUUCCUCAAA